AUGGCCGCGCCGGGACCCCGUAACUUGCGGGCUGUGAUCUGUGGCUGCUGCUGCUGCCUCCUGCUGUGCGCCCAGUUAGCUGUGGCUGGUAAAGGAGCACGAGGCUUUGGGCGAGGUGCCCUGCUCCGCCUGAACAUCUGGCCAGCUGUCCACCGGGUCUGCAGAGAACUGGAGAUCUGCGAGCGCUGUGUGGAGGGAGGUAGAGCACAUAACCUCUCAGGCUGCGUGUGGGAACAAUGUCGGCCUGAGGAGCCAGGACACUGCGUUGCCCACAUUGAUGUGAUCAAGGAAGGUUGCUCUGUCUACAACCACUCAGAGGCAUGCCCAGCUGCCCAUCACCACCCGACCUAUCAACCGAAGACAGUCACAACAGGGAACCCUCUAAUACCUGAAGUCCCCAGCCCUGGCUUCGAUGGGGCCAGCUUCAUUGGCGGUGUUGUGCUAGUGCUGAGCGUGCAGACAGUGGCCUUCUUUGUACUGCGCUUCCUCAAGGCCAAGGACGGCACCUACCAGACACUGUGA